AUGAAAAACGCAUCGUUGGUGAUAAGAGUACUCGACGCUGUAAUUGCAGUUGCGUCACUUACGUUGCGCUAUACGUCUAUUCUGUUUGUCCGGUUUCACCCGAUAGGAAAGCGAUAUCUAGAUCGUAUCUGUGGGAGCUUCGCCAUAUUCCUGCUUGCAUUCUGCGCAGAGGUAGCUCUGCUCAAAUACAGCAAUCUUCGGCUGAAGAGACGCCCAGUUUCCGCCCCAGUGCUGGCUGUCGUUGAUAGACGCAGACCUUUAUUCACGGUUAGCAGCUUCCUCGUCAAUGUGGCAUGCCUUGUUGCUGUUCUUGACUUUCUUUUCAGAGGUCAUGUUCUGCAUCAAAGUGCCGAACUGUUCUUCUCUCGGGUUGGCUAUGUGGAUCACUCGAUGGCUCGGAUUGUAUUGAGGGCUCCUAUGUCUGAUUUUGUUCAGAUCACAGUCACGUCGGUCUCUGACGACGAAGGCGAGACCCAGACACCAAAAUCGGUCUUUUUAGAUGCACACUCGGAUCAUGUCGGGACAGUUCUGAUAGAAGGUCUCAAGCCUAACACUUCUUACACAUACUCAACCAAUGCAAGUCACACUGGGUCGUUUCGGACUUUGUCUCAACCUGGUAGUGGCUUGAAGCGCUGGAGUCUAGUUUCUUCAAGCUGCAUCAAGCCGUUCUACCCAUACAACCCUCUGGACCAUGGUCUCCGAAUCAAGGGACUUGAACAAUUGAGUGAAUACCUUUCUGAGGGCCCAGUGGAUGUGGUACUGUUUCUGGGCGACUUUAUAUAUAUCGAUCUCCCCAUCUCACUCGGCUGGGAUGCUGAUGCAUAUUCAGCGGCAUAUCGACAGGUUUAUGCCUCCCCUUCCUGGUCCUCACAACUCCGUGCAAUCCCUUGGAUACAUGUCUAUGAUGAUCAUGAGAUUAUAAAUGACUGGGCAGGGAAUGACACGGGGCUUUAUAAGACGGCCAUGCAGCCAUUCUGGAACUACCAUGGAAACGCUAACCCGCCGUCAGAGUAUGGUGCAGACAAGACCUACUACACCUUUCGAUACCAAGGAGUAGCAUUCUUUGUCUUGGAUACCAGGCGAUAUCGAUCAGAUAAUGCAAUGGUUGAUGGACCAGAAAAAACAAUGCUUGGCGCACCCCAACUUGCCGCUUUGAAAGAGUGGCUCACAGCAGAGUAUGAUUGGAAGGUCGUAGUGAGCAGUGUGCCAUUUACGAGGAAUUGGAGAGGCCCAGACUCUGCAGACAGUUGGUCAGGAUUUCUCUGGGAGCGGAAUUCAAUCUUAGAUAUCAUGAAGCGGAAUGGUGGCGCUGUUAUUCUCAGCGGUGAUCGCCAUGAACAUGCUACGACGAUGUUCCCGGCAAAGGCCAAAGGUGACAAGCCAGUUAUUGAGUUCUCCACUUCUCCAUUGAACCAAUUCUACGAACCGUUUGACAGGUUUCACAAGGAGAUUGAGGAGACUGAUGUGUCGAUUUACUCACAUCCCUGGGGGUCUUCGAAAUUCGGAAAGGUCACGUUUGACACCUCCCAAGCAGGCAGGCUGCUUAUCCACUAUGAUCUGGUUGUAGACGGUGUUAAAGUAUGGGAGUAUGACUGGGAGGCUCAACGAUAUUGA